CCCCCCUUCUGCUGCAGUUUCUUGAAAUCAGUAUGGCAGCUGUUCCACAAAACAACCUUCAGAAGCAGCUCGAACUUCAUUCAGCCAAAGGAACCUUAAAUAAGCUGACUCUUCUCAAACAUAAGGCUGUGGGUUUUACUUUCAAAAAGAAAACCAUUAUUGAUAACAGUACACCAGUGCAAAAUUCAGGAGGGACAAAAGAUGUGGCCUUAAAGGAAAAGGAUAUUAACUCAUCCUUGAUAAAACCAAGCGUGUCUUUCUCUGGCACUAAGGAUAAGCAGGCCAAAAUUGGUAGCCACUUUGAAAGAACUUUGAAAGAUCAAAAAGGAAGAAAAAACCAUCCAAAUAAACAACUUUUGGACGUUCUGGAUUGUUUUGUGUCUCCUGUGAAAGAAAGAGUACCGGGCAAUGAACAGAGUGGCUCCCACUUCCCCAGAGCCGAUCUUGACAGCUCAUACAAGUCAGAUAUUAAUACUGAUGACGUUUGGAAUGACUUGGAUGACUUUGAAAUACCUGGGAAGCAAAAGCCGUUGUCAUUUUCCAACAGUCUGUCUGUUAAAACUAGCAAGGCUUCAAGGAAGCUGAGUAUAUUUACCAGUAAGUCAUCAAAGAAUGAAGCCACAGGUAGAGCUAACCAAGAAUAUAAUGAAGACUGUAAGAACAACAGAACUCUGAUGCCAGGCAAGGAACAGAGCAGUGAGUUGGUCAUCUGGAUUGAUUCUCCAACAGCUAGCCCCCGAGAUAAUGUUCAGGAGGAGACUUCUGCAGAAAUUCUCUCCAGUGGCAACAAAGAGUCUGCAAAAGCACAGAAUGAUACUGGCUUUGUGUUACCGGUGAAUGAGAAGCAAGAGGAUGGGUGCUGUGAUGCGGUGGCAGACUUGGAGGAGACGGAGGACUAUGUAGACUUCAUACAACCUUCUCCAGAGGAAGAGGUGCCUUCUGCAUCAUUUUUAAAAAGCAUUAGUGAACCUGCUGCAGAGAAAACUCCUGAAGUUCUGGAAAACAGCUUUACAGAUUCUGAAGUGUCCACCAGUGGAAGCAACAAAGAGCAGAAAGGGACGGACUUAACUUUGGAAGACUCCCUCCACAGUGUGAUGGCGAGCAUCUGUAAACUGGUGGAUUCCAUCCCAGAGAGGGAGCUGAGGUCAUUGUCAUGUGGGAAGGAGCUGAUUCAACAGCGAGAUUGCAGAAAGAAACUGCUAAAUGACAUUUAUGGAAGAGGAAAGGAUACUAGUACAUCUCUGAGUACAAACAGCAGGCUUUAUUCUGGACAACGGCGAGUUGCUGCUGGAUCCUGGUGCGACCAUUCAACUCCCUCCUUUGUACCAGACACGCAAGACUUAAGUGAAGCUUGGCCAUCUGGUUUUUCAGAGCAUUUUGCUGUGGACGGUGAUAUCUCUGCAGUGGAAAAUUCAGUGUUGCCUUUUUCCAAAAGUGGCACCAAAGAAAGAAAGAUGGAACAGAAAGGUCGGUUUUAUUCAGAGAUGGAUGGAACAACUUCAGGGGGGCAAAACAAACUCUGCCUACCUGAAAGCACUCUGGGAGGUGAGCACUCCUUGGCGACGGGAGAGGAGAACUUCGCUAAUGAUGAUUUUGACAUUGAUGACUUUGAUGAACUGGAUGAUAUGCUUACUAACUCAACAACUGAACAGUGUUCCACAACUCGCCACCAGCUUGUGGAGGCAGUGCAACCUUCCAAACCGUUCCUGGAAAAGAACUCCCCUAUUGCCAGAAGAAACGGCCGCCUUCCUCAUCCUAUUUAUCCCCAGGCAAACUGCUCUGCAUCUGCCAAGAUUUCCUUUGGCCCACUGUUCAAAAAUCCACCUUCUGGAGAUCCAGCAUUAGAAUGCUUCGGAGGCUUCACGUUUCCUCAUUCGAACGAAAUGAUGAAGAUAUUUCACAAAAGAUUUGGUCUGCAUCACUUUCGGACCAAUCAGCUUGAGGCCAUCAAUGCCGCUCUGCUAGGGAAAGACUGCUUCAUCCUGAUGCCCACAGGCGGUGGUAAGAGCUUGUGCUACCAGCUGCCCGCCUGUGUUUCCGUGGGAGUCACCAUUGUCAUCUCUCCCUUGAGGUCGCUGAUCAUAGAUCAAGUUCAGAAGCUCACUGCAAUGGAUAUACCAGCUACUUACCUGACGUGUGAUAAGACUGAUGCUGAAGCAUCCAGAAUCUAUAUGCAGUUAUCAAAGAAAGAUCCCAUCAUAAAGCUCCUCUAUGUCACUCCAGAGAAGGUCUGUGCGAGUGGCCGGCUGAUGUCCACACUGGAAAACCUGUAUGAGCGGCAGCUGUUGGCACGCUUUGUGAUUGACGAGGCGCACUGUGUCAGCCAGUGGGGCCAUGACUUUCGUAAAGACUACAAGCGUCUGAAUAUGCUUCGUAAGAAAUUCUGCUCGGUUCCUAUGAUGGCUCUUACUGCCACUGCAAACCCCCGGGUGCGAAAGGACAUCCUAAAUCAACUCGAGAUGCUUCAGCCGCAGGUGUUCAGUAUGAGCUUUAACAGGCACAACCUGAAAUACGAUGUUUUGCCAAAAAAGCCCAAAAAUGUUGCUUUGGACUGCUUGCAGUGGAUCAGAAAAUACCACCCAUAUGACUCUGGAAUAAUUUACUGUCUCUCACGGUACGAAUGUGACUCGGUUGCCACAAAUUUGCAGAAAGCUGGUCUUUCUGCCCUUGCAUAUCAUGCUGGUCUCCCUGAUAACAUCCGAGAUCUUGUGCAGCAGAAGUGGAUUAAUCAGGAUGGAUGUCAGAUUAUAUGUGCAACCAUUGCGUUUGGAAUGGGGAUUGAUAAGCCGGAUGUGCGCUUUGUGAUCCAUGCCUCUCUCCCCAAAUCCAUUGAAGGUUACUAUCAGGAGUCAGGCAGGGCUGGGCGUGAUGGAGAAAUGUCCAACUGCCUCCUCUUCUACAGCUACAGUGAUGUCACCAGGCUGAGGCGGCUCAUUCUGAUGGAAAAAGAUGGCAACCGCGACACGCGGCAGACACAUUUCAACAACCUCUACAGCAUGGUGCAUUACUGUGAAAAUGUAGUGGAGUGCCGGAGAUUGCAGCUGCUGUCCUAUUUUGGAGAAACUGGCUUUAAUUCUAACUUUUGUAAGGAAUACCCUGAAGUGAGUUGUGAUAACUGCUCCAAACGGCAGGAAUAUAAAUUGAGGAAUGUGACAGAAGAUGUGAAAGACAUUGUCAGGUUUGUUCAGGAGCAUUGUGGUGGAAAGGCAACUGUGAGAAGACAUGCUGGAAGAUACACACUGAAUAUGAUGAUCGACAUUUUCUUGGGCACGAAAAGCGCCAAGAUUCAGUCUGGCCUGUUUGGCAGGGGGGCAGCAUACUCACGCCACAAUGCCGAGCGACUCUUCAGGAAGCUGGUAUUGGACAAGAUUCUGGAUGAAGACCUGUGCAUCACGGCUAAUGACCAAGCAGUAGCGUAUGUGCAGUUAGGAGAAAGAGCUUACGCUGUGCUAAGUGGCACUCUCCAGGUAGAGUUCUGUGAAACUGAAAGUGCCAGCAGCAUUCGCAAGCAAAGGGCUUUGGUGGCCAAGAUGUCCCAGCGGGAAGAAAUGAUCAAGAAAUGUCUCUCGGAACUCAUGGAUGUCUGCAAAAAUCUUGGGAAAAUGCUUGGCAUUCAUUACUUCAAUAUUUUUAGCACUGCCACUCUUAAAAGAAUUGCAGAGACAUUGUCUUCGGACCCAGCAGCUUUGCUUCAGAUUGAUGGUGUUACAGAGGACAAGUUAGAGAAAUAUGGAGCAGAUAUAAUUGAAGUGAUGCAGAAGUACUCUGAAUGGUCAUUCUCAGGGGAAGGCAAACCACUUCUAACCACAGACACUGAUGUCAGCAGAAACUGCAGUGUUGGCGAGGCAGUGGAGGACAUGUGCACAACAUCUGGCUAUUUCCAAAACGGAACAAACAAGGGAAGGAAGAGGAGAAAGGCACAGCCGUUCAGAGAAUCGAAGAAGAAGAAAACCGGGUCUGGGGGUCGGCAGUCACAUUCCAAGCGGGGUUACAAAAAUGACAGAAAGGCAUCAUCUAAUUCCAAAGGUUCUACAUCUGACAUUCCUCUAGUCAAGACAGGAAUUGGCCGAAGGCCUGGAAUUAUGGCACCACCAAAACCCCAAAACAGGCACUACCUUAAACCUACUUACUCACAUUUGUAAUGUCUUUUAAAACUCUUUGCAUUUCCAUGAAUGGUGUUUACUAUGUGCUUAUUAAAAUUGAUCAAGUUAUCUAUUUUUCAUAA